AUGAAUUCCAGAUCACCCCCCACUGUGCCGCCUACAGGGCAUGCGGCAGUCUAUCCAACUAAACGCCCACAGGAGAUCACAAUUCAAGGCUUCCGUAUCUCCACUCAGAAGCUACCCAUCUUAAAAGCAGACCCGAUCGAGGAGAUGACGAAGAAGCUCGGCAUUGCACCUCCUGAAAUGAUUUUCGGCGACAAUUAUGUUAUGAUUGAGCAUGAAAAGAGUGGCUGGGGUAUCAAUUUCAACUCUUCCGAUGCCCUUGAUCGAGUCGACAAGACUGGACAGUCGAUGCUGCAAGUGGCUUAUUCGAAAGAAUGGCAGAAGAGCAGGGAGAAAACACAUGAGGGGAUUAAAGAAGUAGUAAAGCCCUUCGACUGGUCCUACAGCACCGACUACAUGGGCACAUUGAGCCCCAGUGCCCCACCAUUUGAAGAGACCUCUAAUCCUAUACCCAUCGAGCUUCUGACACGCCCAGAUCCUAUUCUUUUCUUCGAUGAGGUUGUUCUCUACGAGGACGAAUUGGCAGACAACGGGAUCGCCAUGCUAUCGUGCAAGAUCCGUGUGAUGCCCGAAAGACUGCUUCUUUUGACAAGGUUCUUUAUGAGACUGGACAAUGUAUUGAUCCGUCUUCGUGACACCCGUGUCUAUGUGGAUUUUGAGACUCGCGAGGUAAUCCGAGAAUACCAAUCGAAGGAGUGUGAAUACGAGAAAGUGAGACAGACCCUUGCAAAUACCCGGGUUGAUAUCCCUGCAUUGAUGCGAGAUGCCAAUCGAUUAUCUGAGAUCCUGCCCCUAGUAGAGAAGCGCUCAGAACGAGUCGUUCUAGAUGGAUGA